AUGAAGAUGCUGUCAGUGGAGGACAUUGAACGAACCAUCAUCCAGCAUCAGCAUCAGCAAAAUCAGCAUCAAACAGCAGCAGCAGCAGACACUGCAACCAUUCCGCCACCGGCACCGGUCCCGGCCCAACCACCACCACCAGUGAAAGCUCGCGAUCAUUUCACACCCGCCAAGGAGGUAAAGAGUAUGCAGCCGCCGAUCCCGAUGAUCUCCUCGCCAGUAGCAGCACCACCGUUACGGGUACCACCGGCGCUGCUCACCCCGCCGCUUUCGCUGCUGGGCGCCCGAAACGCCGGCCCCGCUGCCCUGUUCCCGCCCGGACCGUCGCAGGAUGCUGAACAACGCGAACCGUCUUCCGCUUGGUUUGCUGCCGUACAACAUGCUAGCCGCCCGACCGUACUCGACCCCGAUCAACAACCUGGCGAUGCAUCCGGCAUUCCCGCAGCGCUGCUCGUACGGUUCCCCGCUGCAAGGGUUCUGGGUGGCCCCGGCCCGGUACAGAUGGGUCCGCCACCGCCGCUACCUCCUCGCCAUCCGGGACCAGCGCCGGGUGGGCCGCCGCCAUUUUUGAUGCAGCGCAGCCCGACGCCCCUGCCGACGAACCAGUUCAACCAGCGGCUGGUGCAGGAAAUUCAACAAAACCAUCCGCUGCUCGCGUUCAACCGACAGCUCGCUGCGGCCAGCACGCUCAGCGUUUGCGGCAAUGGCGUGAACAAAGCAGCCCCGCUAGUAGCCCUGCCAAGGGCGGGUUUUAUGAAGCAGCAGCACCAUUUCCAGCAGCAGCAGCAGCAACGAUCCGAGUAG